AUGGCCGACGAAACUACCGGGGCAACGGUUUGCAACGCUGAGGAUGACAGUAAGAACCAAGGAACCGACUUUAAGGUGGUACAUACACAGCAUUUGAUGGCUUUUCUCAGGCCCAUUUACACUGAGUCCAUCCUAACCUGUCAAAAGCACCUUUCCAACCCCGUCCCGCAGGUCGCGUUUGACAUGCUCUGGUAUCCUCUCAAGCCCGAGACAGAUGUAUGGGGGGCCGGGAGUGACGGGUCUUGGCUGGUCGACCUCUGGCGGCUUGAGAGUGAUGGCUCCAGACUCCGAAGAGGCUUCUUUUCUGCAAUGGUAAACCCUUACUCUGGACUCCGAGAUGUAAUUAGUCUUCCAGUGUGUCCAGUUUCCAUUUGGGAUGCACACGACGGUGGCGAGCGACGUGAGAGUAUUUUACGCCGGGCUGCAACUUUCUUCAAGGCGCUUCAACGAGGCAAUCUCCUCGUGGAUUACAAGGGACCUAUCAAAGAGACCGCCCAAUAUUACACGGGAAAGGUGGUUAUCGACCAUCGAAGAGGGCGUGCGGAAUCUCGCAUCUACCGGGCCCUUUCCCCACAAGUCAACGACUAUUCAGACCGGUUCAAGGAGUAUGACGGGAUUCUUAUCAACAACGAUAGGUCCUUCUACACCACCCAAGAUACUCGAAACCGUCCCCCGAACCCUAAAUUCAAACUAGCCAACAGCAACGAUGCCGUCGUCAACGGCGAGGAGUUGCAGGUAUGGCUCAACAAUGUACCCGAGUACCGUUCCCCGGAAACGAUUCGCGCAGAGACCGGUGGUUCCGUCGUUCAACAACUCACAGAGCACCAACUCCUUUUGCUAUGCCCAGACGCUCUGGCAUAUGGACUGAGACGCAAGCACUGGAUGCUGAUCUCUCUCGACUACGUUCAAGAGUCCGUGCCAUCAGAGGAGAGUAUUUCAAAUCUGAUUAUUGCCCAGGAUGAGUUGAAGACCAUCCAGGCUCUCUCGAAUCGCCAGAAUAGUCCUCCAGGAGUUGGCAAGACUUACACAGUUGUGGCUGAUAUCGGCACGGUCGAGACGCUCGUCGAAGGCGAGCUUAUGAAGUGGUUUGAUCUUGCGGAAGCCUGGAACGCAGUGCUUCUCGUCGAUGAAGCAGAUAUCUUCCUCGAACGACGGCAAAAUCGAGACCUCGCCCGAAACGGACUGGUAUCAGCAUUCCUCCGACGAAUGGAAUACUUCAAAGGUCUUCUAUUCCUGACCACGAACCGCGUCGGACAAAUUGACGAUGCCUUCAUUUCACGCGUCCACGUGGCAAUCGGAUACCAGGCCCUCGACGAAGAAACCAGGCGAAAAGUCUGGAACGGCUUUUUCCGCAAGCUGGUGCGCGAACGCGCUGGCAAGGUACAGAUCGCACCAGACGCAAAGACAUGGGUUCUUGAGACCGCCGGCGAGACGAGUCUUAACGGGCGAGAUAUUCGCAAUGCGUUGCAGACAGCUAUCACGCUGGCAGAGUUUGAAAGCGAAGAGGAUCCAGACUAUGAUGCUGCAUUAGUGACAGUUGUCACUAAGGCCCAUUUCCAGAAGGUUUUGGAGAUGUGCAAUCGGUUCCGCAGUUAUGUAACGAGUAUACGGAGGGAGGAUGAGAUGAAGCGUGCUCAAGGGCGUGGAGAUCGGAAUGAUUAUAGCAAUGGUUUUGAUAGCAGAAUGUGUUAG